AUUGCCAAAGAAGUGGGAGACAAGGCUGAAGAGGCAAAAAGUUACGGAAAUCUCGGCAAUGCUUAUCAUCGCCUAGGAGAUUUCAAAAGAGCCAUCCAGUAUCAUGAACGUCAUCUGAAAAUUGCCAAAGAAGUGAGAGACAAGGUUGGAGAGGGAAAGAGUUACUGCAAUCUCGGCAAUGCUUAUCAUAGCCUAGGAGAUUUCGAAAGAGCCAUCCAGUAUCAUGAACGUCAUCUGAAAAUUGGCAAGGAAGUGGGAGACAAGGCUAGAGAGGGAAAGAGUUACUGCAAUCUCGGCAAUGCUUAUCAUAGCCUAGGAGAUUUCGAAAGAGCCAUCCAGUAUCAUGAACGUCAUCUGAAAAUUGGCAAGGAAGUGGGAGACAAGGCUCGAGAGGGAAAGAGUUACUGCAAUCUCGGCAAUGCUUAUCAUAGCCUAGGAGAUUUCGAAAGAGCCAUCCAGUAUCAUGAACGUGGUCUGAAAAUUGCCAAAGAAGUAAGAGACAAGGCUGGAGAGGGAAUGAGUUACGGCAAUCUCGGCAAUGCUUAUCAUCGCCUAGGAGAUUUCGAAAGAGCCAUCCAGUAUCAUGAACGUGAUCUGAAAAUUGCCAAAGAAGUGGGAGACAAGGCUGGAGAGGGAAAGAGUUACUGCAACCUCGGCAAUGCUUAUCAUCGCCUAGGAGAUUUCGAAAUGGCCAUCCAGUAUCAUGAACGUCAUCUGAAAAUUGCCAAAGAAGUGGGAGACAAGGCUGGAGAAGGAAAGAGUUACUGCAAUCUCGGCAAUGCUUAUGAUAGCCUAGGAGAUUUCGAAAGAGCCAUCCAGUAUCAUGAACGUGAUCUGAAAAUUGCCAAAGAAGUGGGAGACAAGGCUGGAAAGGGAAAGAGUUACGGCAAUCUCGGCAAUGCUUAUGAUAGCCUAGGAGAUUUCGAAAGAGCCAUCCAGUAUCAUGAACGUCAUCUGAGAAUUGCCAAAGAAGUGGGAGACAAGGCUGGAGAAGGAAAGAGUUACUGCAAUCUCGGCAAUGCUUAUAUCAUAGCCUAGGAGAUUUCGAAAGAGCCAUCCAGUAUCACGAACGUCAUAUGAAAAUUGCCAAAGAAGUGGGAGACAAGGCUGGAGAGGGAAUGAGUUACUGCAAUCUUGGCAAUGCUUAUCAUAGCCUAGGAGAUUUCGAAAGAGCCAUCCAGUAUCAUGAAAGUCAUCUGGAAAUUGCCAGAGAAGUGGGAGACAAGGCUGGAGAGGGAAAGAGUUACGGAAAUCUCGGCAAUGCUUAUUAUCGCUUAGGAGAUUUCGAAAUGGUCAUUCAGUAUCAUGAACGUCACCUGAAAAUUGCUAAAGAAGUGGGAGACAAGGCUGGAGAGGGAAGAAGUUACGGUAAUCUGGCCAAUGUGUAUUGGGAGUUGGGAGAUCUAGAAAGAGCUGUUAACCUGUAUCGUUCUUCUGUGAUAAUUUUUGAUGCUAUCCGAGCCAAUCUGCGGUUCAGAGAUCAUUGGAAGAUUAGCUUCCGCGACAUGCAAAGAAACGCAUAUACUUGUUUGUGGCGUCUUCAUUUAGAACAAAAUCAAAUUUUGGAUGCGCUUCUAUCUGCUGAACAAGGACGUGCACAGGCUCUUAAUGAUCUGAUUUGUCUUAGAUAUGGGUUGAAAGAAAUACAACCUCGGCCAGGGAAUUUUGAUUUUGAUGUUCUUGUAAGCGGUGCUGUUUCAAAUACAGUUUUUAUGGCUGUAGAUAAUAAGGAACGCAAGAUAUUCUACUGGUUUAUUAACAGCUUUCAAGAUAUUCAAUUGAGAAGUAUUGAAAUACGUAAUUAUGGCUCGUUCGAAGAUGUCAAUACCUUUAUUGGAAGCUUAAUGGACACAGUAUCCAGAGAGUUUAAAAGAGGUGUUAUUAAAUGCGAAAACCGCUCUCCUGAUGAGCCCUGUACUGAAGAAUUGGUGAAGAAAAGGUCAGGUCAUGCUUAUUUCUCUACUGAAUGCUCACCGAAAACUGCUUUACGAAUGUUGUAUGACGUUAUCAUUGAGCCGAUUGGUGAUCUCGUCAAUGGCAAUGAACUUAUCUUUGUUCCCGAGAGUUCAUUGUGGUCAGUCCCUUUUGCUGCAUUGAUGGAUUCCGAGUCAAAUUAUUUGCGUGACUCUUUCCGAGUUCGAACGAUUCCAUCCCUGACUACUUUGAGGUUGAUAAAUGAUUACCCAGACGACUUCCACAAUAAGAAAAGUGCUUUACUCGUGGGUGAUCCAUGUUUGGAGGGGGUUCUUUUCGAGGAGAGGACGCUCAAUUCACUGCCAUGUGCAAGAGAAGAAGUAGUGAUCAUCGGCAGAAUCCUUGGUGCUGAUCCGCUUAUUGGUGAAGAAGCAAAGAAAGAUGAAGUGUUGAGGCGACUUCCCUUUGUUGCUUUGGUGCACUUUGCUGCACAUGGCCGAAUGGAAACGGGCGAAAUUGCCUUAGCGCCACGAAGUACUUGCCCAUCAAAGCCCUUUGUUGAGGAGGAUUUUAUUCUAACAAUGAAAGAUGUUUUGGAUAUCCGGAUACGAGCAAGGCUGGUUGUGUUAAGUUGUUGUCACAGUGGUCGUGGAGAGAUUAAGGCUGAGGGAGUUGUUGGAAUUGCAAGAGCAUUUUUGGGUGCCGGUGCUCGCUCUGUUCUCGUGUCGCUGUGGGCGAUUGAUGACGAGGCUACUCUUGUGUUUAUGAAACAUUUCUAUGAAGAACUGGUUACUGGGAAGCUUGCAAGUGAAGCUCUUAACCAAGCUAUGAAGAGGAUGAAAGAGUCUGAAGAGUUCAGCGAUGUGAAGUACUGGGCACCCUUUGUACUCAUUGGGGAUGACGUCAGACUGGAAUUAAAUUGA